AUCAACGCCUCAUUUCAUUCCUGCUAUUUCCGGCCGAUCAGCGCAGGUGAGCUUCGCGCACCACCUGAAUCACAACUCUACAUAUCUUCAAUUGGCCCUAUAUUGUUUUCAAAGAUGUAGAAGCUACCAUUGAGAUACAGAUUAGUCACUGGAAUUAGGGAUUAGUAUCAAUAUAUUGUCUGAGCAAUUGGUUGAUGGAGAGACAGCCGUUUAUCUCAAGAUGGGAUAGACAAAAGCGGCGGCUCCGCCUUGAGAGGCGUGGAGGUCUCUUAUCGCAAAGCCGGAUUUUUGAUCCUAAACUUAAAGGGUUCACUUCUAGAAAGCAGAUCUUCCGGUAUCUUCUCAUUAGCAUCGCUGUCAUUGCCAUUCUUCCACCUCUCUAUUUUCACUUCAAACUCCGCCGCUUCAUUCAGGUUCAAGAACAGAAAUGCAGUUGGUUGAGAAAUCCUCCUCUGAUCUGCGCUCAUGGAGGUGAUUCGUCAAAGGCCUUUCCUAACACUAAAACAGCAUACCAGAUUGCUUUGAGUUCUCAGGUAGACUGUAUUGAAGUUGAUGUUUCUCGUUCUUCUGAUGGAUUUUUGUUUGCCUUGCAUGACAGGCAGGGAUUUGCAACGAAUAUCUGGGAACAACACAUCCAAGGUUGGGUACUUGAGCUCAAGAGAGUUUGUGGUUGUAGAUUAAAGAGCUUGUCCCAAGUUCUGAGCUUCAACAGAAAUAUCAUGAUCUAACGGUGCCUACACUUGAAGAUGCACUAAAGCUCAUUUCAGGCUCAGUGCGACAAGUAGUUUUAGACGUAAAAGUGGGUCCUCCUUUAUUUGAAAAAGGACUUGCUGGUGAUGUUGUUUCUUCUUACAAAAAAUUUGGGUUCCAGAAUUGCACUGUAUGGGCGAAAAGUGACAACAUUCCAAGAGAUGUGCUGAACCUUGCACCAGAUGCCAUGGUAGGUUACAUUGUCAUGAUGGACCCUUCAACUGGAACUAGAACGCCAUUGCUGAGGAUGAGAGGUGCGGGGGUGGUCGGCGUCUACCAUCAUUUAAUUGAUGAGAAGCUUGUGAAACUUCUGCAUGGGAGAAACAAAAAGGUGUACUCAUGGACGGUUGAUGAUGAAGUAUCCAUGAAGGAAAUGUUAAUCAAACGCGUAGAUGCUAUCGUUACUAGCAACCCUUCUAUGCUAAAGCGUGUCAUGCAAGACGCACGGACACAAUGCCUUGAGAACGGUUUUUCUUUGUCUGCAUGAAGGACAGAUAAACACAAAGAGCCGAUUACAAAUUUUGCUGUUCCAUUAUUUGCUCCCAUAUUCAGUUUUGGGAUGCUAAACUUUUUUUUGUGUGUUGUCUACCGAUUGGUGACUGAUUGUC